CUGAGCUAUCAAAACCAAAACCCAGACAAUCAACUAACGGAGACAUCAUCGGAUUCUUCAAAGCAAUUUUCUCCGUAUAUUUCGGAUCGUAAAGAGGUGAAGCGAACUCCAAUCUUGCAGUUUAAGUCAUCAAUAACAGUACUACCAUCAGUUGUUACCGAAGCAUCGUUAUCCACGUUUGAUGAUUGUUCAGAGAGUUUUGACUUCAAGAACUCCUUUGGCAGAGAACCUACAAUGUCUUCAUACUCCAAAGACAUAAAAAUGGAAGCCCAUUAUAUACAAAAUGAAGAUUCCGUUGAAUCUAACCAAAUAUAUUCCAUUACAACCGAACCAAUGAAUAAGCAGACGUGUCAAGAUCCUAAAGAAUCCGAUAACAGUUGUCAGCCAGACUGCUCGUGUACAAAAUGCACUAAUCAAGGCCCAACUUGUGGAGAUCAGGGAUGUACCAAAGAACUAUGUGAUGAUAGUUGUGAUGAUUCUAAACAGAAAGAGAAAGACGAGAAGUUGCCCGAAUGGGCUUGGCAAUGUCGUAAAAAUUUUUGCCACAAAGUUUUUCGCCCUUCAACAUUCGUAGGCCAUUAUACAUCAUUCAGUAGGUGUACUUUGUUGUGCAUGGGUCCACAGCUCUGGCCCUACCCUAUUGGUUAUACCCAUUUUAGUAAAACUAUCGUAUCAGUAUCCACAAAAAACUUGGAAUAUAAAUUUCAAUCCGUACCAUCAGAUAGCGUUCAUUUAUACCUAGCAGAGGCUUUUAAGUUGUUCAUAAAGGAUUUGGCAAGAUUAGAAAAACUACAAAAUAAACCGACUAACCUUAGUAAGGAUACGGUGAAAAAAAUGGUAAUACUUAUAGAUGUAGAGAGUGAUACUGAUCCACGAUUACGUAUUAAUACCGAUGAGGGAUAUAUGUUGAAGAUAGAAACAAAAAAUAAUCAAGUUAUUAUUAAAGUAAGUGGACUAUCAUUUUGUGGUGCUCGACAUGGGUUUGAAACCCUAAGUCAAUUGAUCUUGUUAGAUCAAAGCACGGGUUACCUCAUUAUGCUGUCCAGUGCAAUAAUUAAAGAUGCCCCAACUUACAAAUACAGAGGAUUGAUGGUUGACACAGGAAGAAAUUACAUACCAGUUGUGGACUUAUUAAGAACUGUUGAUGCUAUGGCUACAUGUAAAUUGAACACAUUUCAUUGGAGAAUAUCUGACGCUACAAGCUUUCCACUCAACUUGUCCAAAGUACCAGAAUUUGAGGAAUAUGGACCCUAUGAUAGAUCAAUGGUGUAUACAAAAAAAGAUAUCAGGAUGAUUGUGAAUAGAGCUGGUGUUCGUGGAAUAAGAGUGUUAAUAGAAGUAGCUGCACCAGGUCCCGUCGGAAGACCCUUCUCUUGGCUGUCUUCCACGACUUGUUCACGAAAAAAUAACAGCCUUUCUUGCGAUAAUGAUCUCUGUAGGCGUCUUACUAUGCACGAUUCUACAUUUGAUGUACUCCAAAAAAUAUAUUCCGAAAUUCUUGAAAUGACAAACGUCGAUGAUGUAUUCCAUUUGAGUGAUAGCGUGUUUUCGAUGACCAAUUGUUAUUAUUUAUUUGAUGAUCGCGAAGGAUUUCUAGAUAAAGCUCUAUUCCGUCUGAAAAUGGCAAAUAAAGGAUUUCUGCCUCAACUGCCAAUUAUUUGGUAUACGUCACAUUUAAUGAAACAUUUUGAAGCUAACACUUGGGAGAGGUUAGGUGUGCAAAUCGAUGAAUGGGAUACAAAUCCUUAUCAAUCAUAUUUAAAUAAAUUUAGAGUUAUACAUUCUACUAAGUGGGAUUUGUCUUGUGAAAUGAGAAAGCAGAGAUGUACAAGAUACAGAACUUGGCAACAAAUGUAUUCAUGGAAAUCUUGGAGAAAUGUUGAUGUGUUUACUACGGAAGGUGGAGAAUCGAUUUUAUGGACAGACUUGGUAGAUUCAAGUAACCUUGAUUACCACCUAUGGCCCCGCGCUGCAGUUGUUGCAGAACGUCUGUGGUCAGAUGUCGUGGCCAAUGGAAGUGCAAACAAACACGUUUAUAUGAGGCUAGAUACCCAUAGAUGGAGGAUGCUGCAACGUGGAAUCCAGGUGCAACCGAUUUGGCCACCUUGGUGCAGUUUCAGCCCUAGCUCAUGUCUCGAAAAAGUGCAUUAA